UAUCCUUGCAUUAAAAUGCUUCUUUUGUUUCCCAGACGUCCUUUUCCACCAGGAGACCGGGUUACUUUUAAUGGAAGAGACUGUCUCUGUCAAAUGUGUGCUCAACCAAUGGCAUCCAGUCCAAAAGAACUUGCUACUUCCAGUAAUUGUGCAGGCUGUGGAAGAGAUAUAAAGAAUGGACAAGCCUUGCUUGCUUUGGACAAGCAAUGGCAUCUUGGGUGCUUCAAGUGCAAGGCCUGUGCGAAGGUUCUAACUGGAGAAUAUAUCAGCAAAGAUGGUGCCCCUUACUGUGAAAAGGACUAUCAAGUUCUCUUUGGGGUCAAAUGUGAAGCAUGCCACCAAUUCAUCACUGGGAAGGUUCUAGAAGCAGGGGACAAACAUUACCAUCCAAGUUGUGCACGAUGCAGCAGAUGCAACCAAAUGUUCACAGAAGGAGAAGAAAUGUAUCUGCAAGGUUCUACAGUUUGGCAUCCCGACUGUAAACUGUCUACAAAGGGAGAUGAAAAGCUAAGGCCUACCCGGACAUCCUCGGACAGUAUUUAUUCUAGGCCUGGAUCCAGUAUUCCUGGUUCACCAGGACACACAAUCUAUGCAAAAGUAGACAAUGAGAUCCUUGAUUAUAAGGAUUUAGCAGCCAUUCCCAAAGUCAAGGCCAUCUAUGACAUUGAGCGUCCAGAUCUAAUUACUUACGAACCUUUCUACACUUCUGCCUACGAAGAGAGACAAGAAAGACAGAGCCUUGGAGAGAGUUCAAGAUACGGCAGUUCUCCUGUGCAUGAUGAAAGUUCACCAAGGACACUCUCUCCAACUCCAUCUGCAGAAGGUUAUCAGGAUAUUCGAGAACGAAUGAUACACCGGUCAACCAGUCAGGGUUCCAUUGGUUCCCCUGUAUACAGUCGUCAUAGCUACACUCCCACCAUGUCACGUUCGCCACAGCAUUUCCACAGACCUGGCAAUGAGCCAUCCAGCGGUCGGAAUUCCCCCGCCCCUUAUCGGCCCGACAGUCGCCCUCUAACACCAACUUACGCUCAGGCCCCUAAACAUUUCCAUGUUCCAGAUCAAGGGAUCAAUAUUUAUAGAAAACCACCCAUCUACAAACAGCAUGAUGCAGCUGCUCUGGCAGCCCAGAACAAGCCUUUCGAUGAUAUCAUCAAGUCCUCCAAGUUCCCAGCAGCCCAUGCUCCAGCACCCAACGAGAUUCCAAAGAUUGAGACAGAAUACUGGCCAGGUCCUCCAUCACUUGCGGCUGUAGUAGGUUUUGAUAUGCGACGUCGAUCCACUGGCAGAGAUGAAGACCUUGAAGAGCUUCAGAGGCGUCGGCAGCUGCAGGAGGAACAGUUAAUGAAGCUAAACUCAGGCCUGGGGCAAUUGAUACUGAAAGAAGAGAUGGAAAAGGAAAAGUCAUUACUUGCCAGCAGAUGUUACGAUUCUCCAGUUAAUUCAUCUUUACACGCCACUGCUUCUAAAACUUCUUCACUGCCUGGAUAUGGACGAAAUGGACUUCACAGGCCGAUGUCCACAGACUUUGGUCAAUACAACAGUUAUGGGGAUGUGAGCAAUACAACUCAAGAUUACCAGUUUCACCCAGAUGGUCUUGUCCCUGGAAUGCGAAUGGACCGAGGAGUGUCUAUGCCUAACAUGUUGGAACCAAAGAUAUUUCCUUACGAAGUACUCAUGGUGACCAACAGAGGGCGAAAUAAAAUUCUAAGAGAAGUGGAUAGAACCAGGUUGGAGCGUCAUUUAGCACCUGAAGUUUUUCAAGAAAUAUUUGGCAUGACGAUACAGGAAUUUGAUAAGUUACCUCUCUGGAGACGCAACGAUAUGAAGAAGAAAGCCAAACUCUUCUAAAUUCUUCUUUCUUGGGAGAGGGAAGAUAUCAUGUAAUAGGAUAAUGUAUUAUAAUCGAGUCCAAACCCUUUUUGGAGAGCAAACAGUCAAGAAGGUGGGGAGGAGAGAAAGGACAAUCUGAGAAAGGCACAUACUAAUCCCUUGAGAUUGUGCAAUGGCCUGUCAAGCUUACCAUAGGCAGAGACAUGAAAGGUUCUUUGUUCAAAUCUCAGUCAUGGCUUUCACUCAUGAAGUUUUUAUAUGGCAUAUAUAUUCAGUCUUCUGCCUUCCUCAUUUUCCCUUGACUUUCAUUCAGAGGUUGAAAACACUAAUUGAGAAGACCCAGGAAGUGCCCGUAGGAUGCCAGCUCACAAUUUUAUGGUCAUGGACUUUCCAAGCAAUGAAUGAAUAUAUUCUAUAGUUAAGGAAGGAGUCCUGUGUAAUAUAUUUAUCCUCUGGGUACAGCUAUUACAGUUAAUUGGCCUUAUUGUCAAACAGCUUAUUCUUUCUGCAGUACCCAUCAAUAAAAUAGGCUGCUGAACAGAGGUAUUCUACUAUGCUGCAUACUGGCCAAUUUUUUUGAGAACAAGCUCCCAGCUUGCAUUUGCACAUAUCUGGUAGUAAAUUGCCAUGUUUUGUUGUUGACUCUUUGUUCCUCCAUCUUUCCCUGCACUGACUGAAUAUAAUUUUUGCUUUAAACCACUUGAUUGAAAAUUAACAAGAGCAAGCAUGUAAACCAAAAAUUGGUUUCUUGGUUUAAUGAUAGUUAUUUCAACUAUCAUGUUAAAUGUAAGCCAUAGUGAUGCAAUCUUAAGUUUAAUUUAGAUGUGACCUUUGCUGUGUGAAAAUCACUAUAACAUAGUGUGGUCAUGCAUUGCUUGAUUGUGCUUGAAAAUAAGCACUGCGUGGGCCAAUGUAUUGAUGUUGUUCCUUUUCAUGUUAAAAUAAACAAUAUUAAUCAUGCUGGUCCAAGAAAAAGAAUGUUUGUCCUGGGGCAAUAACUUAUUGUGGUCAACUGAAAAGCAUACAACCAUGUUUUAACUCUGAGACUGUCUCCAGUUCUCCUUUCAUAAGUUGUAGUAUCUGAUACAUGAUCAUAUUUCAUAGGAUCUAGUAUAGGUGUCCUAGAAAGUCAUUAUGCUAUCAUCCUUACUGUGAAACUGAAGAUUGAAGAGUGUUUUGUGAGAUCAACUAAUACCAAGCAAUCAAAAGAUUGGACAUUUUCAAAGUACUCUGCAUAACCUGUUCCAGGAUUAGAACAGCAUGUUUCAAAUACUAGUACCUUCCAACUGCAAAGGUUACAUUUUUAAAUGUCUACCAGAAUAGUGAACUCGGAAAUUAUAUUUUAACGAUUAUAUAGAGUGACUUUGCUGCUACACAGUGACCAUUCAAACUAUUUUCUUGUAUGCACUGAUAAUAUUGCACAAUAUGUCAUGUUAAACAUUUACGGUAAUUUGAUUUUCUUCAUGUAAUCACUCAUUCAUAUAAGAAGACUUGAAUUUUUUGUUAUUUUACUAAACACAGUAGCAAAUAGGUUUUUUUCUUCUUAUGUAUUACUAUCAGUGCCUGAAAAAAACUCUGAAAAUUUUCUGAAUCAAAUGAUCCACUCAACUACAUGCCUUUUAUUUUAGAGGAUAUUGUGUCACCUGGCCUCUUGUCUACCUAAAUUGCUUGGUAGAUUGUGCAUCUUCCAUAAAGGACACACAAAAUUUUCUUCAAUAGAAUCAGAAGCCAUUUUUGGCUGAAAAAUAGGAUGCAGUGAUACAUUAAUUUUUUACCUGAGUGAUGACUGCCACUAUAUAAAUUUUUACUUUUUCUCUUUUAAUGUGCAGUUUCUGCCAACAGUGUAAUCUUGUAUGUAUAUAUACAAUAGUUUGUACUAAUUUAGAAGCAAAAAUUCACUAAAUUAAAUGAAGCUUGUCAUGUAGUAAGUCUGUGUAGCAUAGAUGAGGAACCUGUUGCUCUCCAGAUGUUGCAAGACCCCCAAUUCCCUGCUUUCCUUAUCAUUAGCCCUGGAGUGGGGCAACACUUGGUAAUGUUAUUCAACAACAUCUGUAAGGCUACAGAUUCUGUAUCUCUUCCCCUGUUUAGCAAUUCUUAUUGUAAG